UUUGCAAACGAAUACGCAUCUCGUUUGGGAGUGAAUUUUUUUCUCUCUUGUUAGGAAAAUACACAGCUUCUUUGAAAAGAGCCGUGACAUUGCUUUCUAUUUCCAAGUAUGACUGGCCAGCUGUUGGAGAAAGUGGAUCUUGGACUCCAGUUGCUGUUCAUUGCAGCGACUACGAUGGUCUUAUUGGCAAAGUUUAAUACCGGGCUUUCUGGGUUCCUCAAAUACGGCAAGACGCUCUCAUCAGGCGUACAGGUACGACAGCAAAGCCACGAUGGGCGAUUUGUGGAGGAGGCUCCGUUUGGAUUUAUCGUUAGAAUGACACUUGAUCUCAAGGUACCCAAGUUCUGGUUCUUUCACUUCUACCUCUUGUCUUUGGUGCUAUCGACUGUCGGCUUCAUCAUCACGCAUACGAGGCUUCGGACCAAGGAUACCACGCAUCCCUUCACGCUACCUGACAUCCAAAACGUUGGCACGAUACCGCUCGAGAUCUCACGUCUGGCGUUCUUUCUCAUAAUUGGGCAUUCUUCCCGGAGAUUCUUCGAGACGUUGCUCAUCUUCAAGUAUAACAGGACUUCCAAGAUGAACAUAACACACUACCUCGUGGGCAUCUUCUUCUACACUGCAAUAAACCUGCAACUUUUCCUCAACACCGACUUCAAGGUCACACAGAAGGCCAAACCGGACAUUGUGCUGUUCCUAUCACUCCUGCUGUUUCUGGUGGCAUCGACAGAUCAAUUCCUCAACCAUGCACACCUUUCCGGUAUUAAAAAGUAUCGAAUUCCAAGAUACGGCUUGUUCCAACGGAUUGUAUGUGCGCAUUACUUGGAUGAAAUAUUUAUAUACCUUGCUGUCUUUGGAGUUCUAAGGACAAGGACGUCAUUUCUUGCCCUGGUAUUUGUGAUUGUUAACCUAUCAAUAUCAGCAAUUGAAACCAGAAACUACUACAAGUUGAGGGAAGAAGGGAAAGUACCCAAAUGGUCCAUCAUUCCAUUUUUUAUAUAGACCGCGUAUAUUUAUACUACUGAGUGAACGAUCUCUUUACUAUAUACAUAUUCUUUACUGUUCAAAUCUCUUGAAGAGUACAGAGGUGUUGAUUCCACCAAACCCGAAACUGUUUGACAGUGCGUAGUUGAUCUCUUUUUCAACAGGCUUUGGUCCAACAAAGUUCAACUGGAAGGCACGGCCAUCAGAGUCGACAUCAGGAUCCUCCAGGUUCAACGUUGGAGGACAGACCUGGUCAUGUACUGCCAGUGU